AAGCUAGGAACCCCAAGACCUUGCUCCUUCUCACACUGAUGGAGCAGCUCUCCAUUUGGCAGCUGUGGUAGAACCUUUAGCUUCUGCUUAGAGAUCUACUGAGGAGGUUGGAGGAGGGCAUUAUGUGCCUUGAACUAGAGUUGGACUCAGACACUCCACCAUGGCACCUGCUGUUCUGAUGUUGCCCCCCCCUCCUUUUCUGUUGUCCCCCUAGGCUGGGGCCUUCCUCACUUCUGGGAUGGGACUGUUCUGUGGACCGUUGUAUUACCAUGCAUGGAGCGGAGACCCGGCCUUCAACAAAGCGGCCCCCUAUGGGGGCUCCCUCCUCAUCCUCGGCUGGGGCACUGAGCAAGGGACCAAGUUGGAGAGAGACGUGGAGGGCUGGAGCUGAGACCCCCUCCCAGCAUGGCGGCAGCAGCAGGGUACCCCCAGGCUACUUACCCCUCCGCCCCAUACCCCAGUCCCCACCCUGCCCCUCCAGCCCCCACCCCAGGAUUCAACAUCUACUCCUCCAGUCCAGGUGCGGGGCAACUGGUCCAACCCCAGGUGCCGCCCCAGGCAUUUGGGGACCCUCCUGCACAACACCCGCACUCAGCCAUCACACCCUAUUUGCCAGUGUCCACCGGCAUCCCCCUGGGGCUGGAGUAUCUAGCACAGAUUGACCAGGUUCUGAUCCAGCAGAAAGUGGAGAUGGUGGAAGCUUUCAUCGGCUUCGAGGGUGCCAAUAAAUAUGAGCUGCGGGAUGGUCUGGGCCGACGGCUCUUUGAGGCUGAGGAACAGAGUGACUGUUGCACCCGCAACUGCUGUGGCUCCCUGCGCCGCCUGCGGUUGAGUGUGGCCGAGCCGGGGGGCCGCCCUGUGCUGCGCCUCCUGCGCCCCCUCAAGUGCGCCAGCUGCUGGUGCCCCUGCUGCCUGCAAGAGCUGGAAGUGCAGUGUCCCCCAGGCACCACCAUCGGGCACGUGGUGCAGACCUGGCACCCCUUCACCCCCAAGUUCUCCGUCCAGGAUGCCAACAAGCAGACUGUGCUGCGGGUGCUGGGGCCUUGUUGUGUCUUCCGCUGUGGGGGGGACGUGAACUUUGAGGUGAAGACGAGCGACGAGUCGCGGGGUGUUGGUCGGAUCAGUAAGCAGUGGGGGGGGCUGCUCAAGGAGGUCUUCACUGAUACCGACACCUUCGGCAUCCAGUUCCCCAUAGACCUGGAUGUCAAGAUGAAGGCUGUGCUGCUGGGGGCCUGCUUCCUCAUCGACUAUAUGUUCUUCGAGAAGGCGGGCCAUACUGGCCAGAGGAGUACCGUGCUGAGCAGCUAAAGGCACCUCCUCCCACCUACAGGGGCCCUCAUCCCACCGCUAACACCAACGAUGGGUUCCCUGUGAAUGGACAGUGUGUUUUUGCACUGGCAGGGCUAGGGCAGGUGUUAGGGCAUUGAAACUGUUUGCAGAGGUGCCAAGAGGCCUGUGGGUAUGGGUGUGGGUGAGCAGUUUGUGCACCAAAGGACAACUCCUCUGGUUAUAUUUGAAGAGCCCUGGGCCUCUCUCACCAAGGCACCUUUAGGGCUUUCACCCACACAGGAAACCAGCCUCCACUGGUCACCAAAUUCCUGAGGCCUACGUACCCCUGCCCCCCCAUACCAGGAGCCCCUCCCUGUUAGGUGGGGGUCUUUUCAACACCAAACCAGCAGUAGGAAGAUCUUGCAGCCAAAUCUCUGCCUGAUGUUUUUGCUCAUUCUGUAUUUUAUGUAUUUAUCGCUUAUACCAAAGUGUCUUGCGCUGAACCUUAAAGGGAGUGUUGGGGGUAGGGGAGCAACCUGGUGCUUUUUAAUGGGGCUUCCUCCCCCCAUCCCCUGCUUCCUCUGAAUUCCUGAUUCUGGGAGGAGAAUCAACUCACGGUGGAGGAAUGUUGGGUUGGCUUGACCCACAGAGGAGCUGGGGCCAGUGGAGUCCAACCCACAGUGGAGUCAUGUGGGUCACAAGGGAGUCAAGCCAACCCAUUGGUCAUGAUGGAUUGAAGCCAACCAAUGAUGGUGAGCCAUUGGUUAUGAUGGAUCAAAGCCAUGGCUGUUGGCCAUGGUGGAUUGAAGUCUGCCGCAUUGGAGGCACAUUGGCCAACACAAAAGAAGACAACCUUGGCCAAUUCCAGUGUCUUUUUGCCUGAACUGGGGAUGGAUGGCCUUCUUGGGCUGAGUGGAUAGGGGAGGAGACUGGAGGAAAAGUGAGAGGAAAGGAGUGGAAGGGCAAACUUCGCCAGGCCCAGAAGAAGAUGGGACUGGGCCGUCUAUCCUGACUGGUGCUUUGGCUUGUGCGCCACAGGCAUAGGCCAUGGGGCAGCCUAGGCGUUUCUCAAUGAGAAAUAGAAAAUAAAAGGCUAGACUCCG